AUGUCACUACUAUACCAAACAAAGCUUUACAUACUUAACGGACAAAAGUCACCCAAACAACGUGAACUGUUUUUUAGCACCACUAGAGCUGUCUAUCUAGUGUCUUCUCCAACUCUGUCUCGCUCUUUGGCUGUUGUUACAGUUGAAUUUGGUUUUGGAGAAAUGAGUGCGUUGAACUUAAGCUGGCACAGUAAAUCAUUAGAUUCUCAAACUGUCUUGAGAUGUGUUAUUUAUCCUACUUGUUCUCCCCAUACUAAUGCACUAGCUUUUAGAGGUAGUGAAUCAAUGGGCCAUUCUUUGAAAAUCCCAUUUGGAAAUACUUCUGCUAAAACAGGACUAAGGAAUCAUAUCCGCCCUCCUUUGCGGGUUGUCUGCGUGGACUACCCAAGACCGGAACUUGAUAACACGGUGAAUUUCUUAGAAGCUGCCCUGUUAUCUUCAUCCUUUCGCUCUUCUCCGCGUCCAGCUAACCCAUUGAAGGUUGUCAUUGCUGGUGCAGGUUUGGCUGGUUUAUCGACUGCAAAAUAUUUGGCAGAUGCAGGCCACAAGCCUGUAUUGCUUGAAGCAAGAGAUGUACUAGGUGGAAAGGUAGCUGCAUGGAAAGAUGAUGAAGGAGACUGGUACGAGACAGGCUUGCAUAUAUUCUGUAAGAUAGGUUUGAAUUCCUUCUCGAGUUUUGCUGCAAGUUCACUUUGUAAUGCUUUUUCCAUUCAUCAUUACCCUACUUGCUCUUUAUUGUUUCUCAUGGAAAGUUUUAAAGUUGGGGCAUAUCCAAAUGUGCAGAACCUUUUUGGUGAACUUGGUAUCAACGAUAGGUUGCAGUGGAAGGAGCAUUCUAUGAUAUUUGCAAUGCCAAAUAAGCCAGGAGAAUUCAGUCGAUUUGAUUUUCCUGAAGUUCUUCCUGCACCAUUAAAUGGGAUAUUGGCCAUUUUAAAGAACAAUGAAAUGCUGACUUGGCCAGAGAAAGUGAAGUUUGCAAUUGGGCUUCUGCCAGCAAUUGUUGGUGGACAGGCGUAUGUUGAGGCUCAAGAUGGUUUAAGUGUUCAAGAGUGGAUGAGAAAGCAGGGUGUGCCUGAUAGAGUGACUAAUGAGGUGUUUAUUGCCAUGUCAAAGGCUCUAAACUUUAUUAACCCAGAUGAACUUUCAAUGCAAUGCAUUUUGAUAGCUUUGAACCGAUUUCUUCAGAGGCUCUGCAUGCCAAUUGUUGAUCAUAUUCGGUCGCUUGGUGGUGAAGUGAAGCUUAAUUCUCGGAUAAAGAAAAUUGAGCUAAAUGAUGAUGGAACGGUGAAGAACUUUUUACUACAUAACGGGGAUGUGAUUGAAGGGGAUGUUUAUGUGUUUGCCACUCCAGUCGAUAUCCUGAAGCUUCUAUUGCCUGACAACUGGAAAGAGAUCCCUUACUUCAAGAAAUUGGAUAAAUUAGUUGGAGUUCCUGUUAUUAACGUUCACAUAUGGUUUGACAGGAAACUGAAGAAUACAUAUGAUCACCUACUUUUUAGCAGAAGUCCCCUUCUCAGUGUGUAUGCUGACAUGUCUGUUACAUGUAAGGAAUAUUAUGACCCAAAUCGAUCUAUGCUGGAGUUGGUUUUUGCUCCUGCUGAAGAAUGGAUUUCAUGCAGUGACUCAGAGAUUAUUGAUGCUACAAUGGGGGAACUUGCAAAACUUUUUCCUGAUGAAAUUUCUGCAGAUCAGAGCAAAGCAAAAAUCCUGAAGUAUCAUGUUGUUAAAACUCCAAGGUCGGUUUACAAGACUGUCCCAAACUGUGAACCUAACCGUCCUUUGCAAAGAUCUCCUAUAGAGGGUUUCUAUUUAGCUGGUGACUACACAAAACAAAAGUACCUGGCUUCAAUGGAAGGUGCUGUUCUAUCAGGGAAGUUUUGCGCACAGGCAGUUGUCCAGGAUUAUGAGUUGCUCGUUGCUCGAGGGCAAAGAAAGUUGACUGAGGCAACCAUUAGUUAA